GCAUGCUCCGCUCUGAGUUUAGGGUGGGAGAGUUAGCCGUUAGCACGGAGAGCUAACAGCCGGAGUGUGUAAUGGCGGCCUCGGUGUUGUUGGGGUCUGCGGACAACACCGGACUCAGCUUCACGGUGGGAGGCAGCGGAGGAGGCGGCGGCGCCGGGAAUGUUUUAAUCGGGAAUAAUAAUGGACUGGGGCCGGCGGGGCCGGCGCCCUGGAACCGUUCUCUGGACCGGGCGCUGGACGAAGCCUCGGCCACCGGGUGUCUGAACCUCAGCGGCAGGAAGCUGAAGGAGUUCCCCCGGAGCGCCGCCAACCACGACCUGACGGACACCACCAGGGCUGAUCUGUCCCGUAACCGUUUGUCGGAGCUCCCUCUGGAAGUCUGUCUGUUCGUGUCUCUGGAGAGUCUGAACCUGUACCAGAACUGUCUCCGGUCUCUGCCUGACAGUCUGCUCAACCUGCAGGCCCUCACCUACCUGAACCUCAGUCGUAACCAGCUCCCGGUCCUCCCUGUCGUGGUCUGCAGUCUCCCUCUGAAGGUCUUGAUCGCCUGUAACAACAAACUGGUUUCUCUCCCGGAGGAGCUGGGUCAGCUGAGACACCUCACCGAGCUGGACGUGAGCUGUAAUGAGAUCCAGACUCUGCCGUCUCAGGUGGGUCAGCUGGAGGCUCUGAGAGACCUGAACAUCAGGAGGAACCACCUGGUCAGACUGCCUCCAGAGCUGGCGGAGCUUCCUCUGGUGCGUCUGGACUUCUCCUGUAACAAAGUGACGUCCAUUCCCGUCUGUUACCGGCGCCUCACACAGCUGCAGACCAUCGUCCUCGACAACAACCCCCUACAGACCCCACCUGCACAGAUCUGUAUUAAAGGGAAGGUCCACAUAUUUAAGUACCUGAACCUGGAGGCCAGUAAGACGACCCCUGACCUCCCAGACUACGACAGACGACCUCUGCCCUUCAACUCCUGUGUUGAUGAGCUGUACCCUGGUCGUCCGUACGGAGCGCUGGACUCAGGCUUCAACAGCGUCGACAGCGGAGACAAGAGGUGGUCAGGGAACGAGCCCUCAGAGGAGCUGUCAGAGCUGCCACAGAGAGUGGCUGAGAUCAGCAGAGACCAGAGACAGAGACCAGGAGGAGGAGGUCCACUGCUGGCUAAUGGAUCAUAUGUGGAACUGGAGCAGAUUGACUUCAUAGACAGCUGUGUGGAGGAGGAGGAGGAGGGGAGGAGUCGAGGAAGAGGAGGAGGAGGAGGAGACAGCAGCAGCCUGAGCUCUCAGUUCAUGGCUUACAUUGAGAGACGCAUCACCAGAGAGGGUUCUCCAGUGAAGAGCAGCUCGUCCAGAACAGAGGACACACGGAGACACAACAGGAGCGUGGUGGAUGGAGUCACAGCACCCUCUACCUCCCACAGUCAGAGAGGAGGUGCAGGGUCAGGAGGGGUGGAGAGGGUGAGGAGGGAGGCUCAGCUUGCUGCUCUGAGGUACGACGAGGAGCGACAGAGGAACAGGUCUCUGCAGAGAGACGUUACCAAGCAUAAAGCAGCUCAGAGUCCAACAAAGUCCAGUCCAGACAGUGAGACUGUCUACCCCUCCAGACGCUCCACCCAUACCGAUGACUCCGCCCUCUUCAUGGGAGAGGACCGAGCAGCUCUUUCUCCAACAACCAAUCACUCGCCUUCUUACCCCAGCUCAGGGGGCGGGGCCUCCUGUCGCACCGCCAGCCUCAGGCCAGAGAGUUUCCUGUUUCGUCUUGGCCAGAAAGAAGAGAAGAGGAAAGGUGACGCUGCUGCUGCUCCUCAGAGCCAGGAGGAGGCUCCUGCCGCUCCUCCUCUGGUCGGAGAAGACGCUGAGCUGGUGGAGCAGCUCAGAAAGAACAUCGAGGCUCGUCUCAAAGUGUCGCUGCCAAGCGACCUGGGGGCAGCACUGACAGACGGGGUGGUGCUGUGUCACCUGGCCAAUCACGUGAGACCACGGUCCGUCCCCAGCAUCCACGUUCCCUCCCCCGCUGUGCCUAAACUCACCAUGGCCAAAUGUCGACGAAAUGUAGAGAACUUCCUGGAGGCGUGUCGCAGGAUCGGAGUCCCACAGAGUCAGUUGUGUCUUCCUCUUCACAUCCUCGAAGAGCGAGGGCUCCCCCAAGUGGCCGGAACCGUCAGCGCCCUGCUCGACCUGGCCCCGCCCCGACACCCCAUCACCACAACAACCGCCACAUCAUCAUCAUCAUCAACCACACCUGGACCCUCCGUCACCAUGUAGACAACGCUAACACCACCACCACACGUGCUCAGUCAGCCUCAGGAAACCAACAACCGUACAAGUUUUAGAUAAAAACCUCGAGAACAUGAGGUUGGCGUCUGAUGGAGACGUGAACAGAGCUGAACAACAAAAUCACAGUGACGCUAGCUCAGUUUUUAUCUCAGAAUGAUCAAACUUUAAAUAAAUGAAAGUCUCAGAGACAUGGGUGAGUGUUUAGACGAACAAACAAAUUAAUGCUAACUGUUAGCAUCAACAUUAACUGACUCUUCUGGGUCUGGUUGAAAAUUAAAUCACCUUCUUACAGGUGAUAUUAGAUCUCAUUUACAGUCUUGUUUUUUAUUUGUUUUUUUCUUACAUUGUGAUUGGCUGAGCUGCCAGUCAUUUUAACACUGUUACAGACCAAUGUGGAGGUUUUUAUUUUUCUGCUAUUUCUAUCUGACAAUACUGAUCAUUUAAUUUUAUUUAACUUAAAUAUUUAUGGUUCUAUAGAGGAAUGAGGUGAGAGAACACGUUUCCAACGUGGUCUUAAGACUUUGACAAAACAAAACUAUAACUUCGACUUAUCCACACCCAAAACCAAAUCACCAAACAUUUCACUAAUGAACUGUCUCCAUAAAUAAACCCUGACUAAGUGAGUUUGCACAUGAAGCUAAUGAAGCUAAAUGCCAAUCGCUAACUAUAGCUAACGUAGAUGCACAUUUGUUAGUUUAAAAAUGACACUAAUGUAGCUCGCUGCUAAGAAUAGCCAACACCAUUUUAGUUGGUUUGGAACUGACGCUAACACAGCUAGCUAACAUUUAUCUACUGUUGGAGUUGAUUGCAGCAGUGGUAAUGAAGAUUCUUUAUGCACACGCAGCUAAAUGCUAACAGCAGUCAACAUAAAACAGUAGCUGGUUGCACACUGCUAAUUUGAAUUUAUAAUGAGUCCAGUUGGUUUAGAGGUUAAGCUAAAACAGCUAGCUGUAAACAUAGCUAACAUUAGUUUGAAGUUGAAGCUUAUGUACCUGACGUCUAAUGGUAGUUUAGAUUGAUUAAGCUAGUAACUGCUAGCUAACAUAGAUAAAAGUACUGAUAGCAAAAAAACAUUAGUUGGUUUGAAAACUUUCACUGCUAAUGUUAGUUACCAUUAUGAGUCUAGUCAGUCCAUAAUUACUUAAGUUUACAUCUCAUAUUUAAAAUUCUAACAUUCUCUUGGUAUGAGGCUAAUGUGGCAUCAUGCUAACACUGGUUAAUAUGGAUAAAGUCAGUUUGUAGAUUUCACUAACGCUGCAGAUUAAAGAUAAAGAUAGAGAAUAGACGUACAGUAGUUAGCUGAGACUGUUAGCUGUUAGAAACUGUUAACUGUCUAGCUGACACUAAGGUUAGCUAUAAAGUAGCUAACAAUAAUUAGGCAUUAGCCAACAUUAAAUGACUUCAGAGAGGUUUGAAGCUAUUGUAGCUCAGUGCUAAUGCUAGCUACCAUGUUGCUGUAAUUGGUUGAGUCUUCAGCUCUGUUUUUCGUCUCCAUCUCAUUCAGACUUUAUCAUUUUUUAACGUUUAACGAGGCAGAAAUUAGUUAUUUCCUCAGUCUUUCUGGUUUGAGGUCGAUCUGACGGACGUUAAACCCUGAGCCCUGACUCGGAGGCUCGUCAGCGUCCACAACAGACGGACGUCUUUGUUUUUACUUUGCACCCUGUCGUUGAUAUUUUACUGUUUUUAUUUUGUACCUUUCUGAGCUCUGACGGAGGUUUGUAGUUUCAGGUUGGACAGAUGUUAGCAGCUGUUCGAGACUCUGUCACCUCCUGAUCGAUUGUCCACGUGAUCAGGACCUUCAUCAAUAACCUGUUCACUGACUGGAUCAGACUCUGAUAAAUACGAUAGUCACCUCAGAUUUUACCUGAACUGUAUCAGUCCUGAUGUGAUUGGUCGAGGUUGAUCAGGUGGUGACGUUGUCUCCUCACCUCGUCCUCCUCGUGUUUGUGUUGCAUGCUGGGACAGUUUUCAUGUUGAACAGGUGACUUGGAUCCUCCUGACCUGACACUAAAACACUGUGAGGACGAGUCCAGGUUCA